GAAGGUCAUUAAACACAAAAGCUCUCCAGCGCUGCGGUCCAAUAUAGCGCAUGCGCCCUGCCCGAGGACUGGCAGGGAGACGGCAAUAUGGCGAGAAUGCCUGGCAGCGGCGGCGGAGAGUGGAGCACCGGGGGCGGCGGCAGCAGCGCAGGAAGCGGCGGCGGAGGUGCAGGUGGCGGCGGAGAGAACAAUGCGGGGGACCGGCACACCGGCCGGGCUGGCCCCCACCGGCCCCUCCACUAUUGCAGUGCUGGGGAGGACGAGGACGGGGAGGACGAGGAUGAGAUCCAGGAGGUGCAGAUAACGGGGGACGAGGAGGCAGCCGAUGGGGGGAUCCUGCUCCUGGACGAGGAAGAGGAGGAGAUGAUGAUGGGGUUGGAGUGGGACGCCGACGACCAGCCGGGCCAUAUGAUCCGUAUGGACCGGGGCACCGGAGCGCUGCUGGACUCUUCUUCGGCUGCCGUGUGCAGCGUCAGGGGCCGCUUCGCAGUCGCUAGGGGCGGCGGCACAGGCGCCAGCAGCGGCGUCGGGGCUUCCGCAGGAGGUGCCCCUUCGGUCCCAGUUAGCGCCCGCGGCGUUCCCGCCUCCGUCGCGGGCAGUGUGGCGCCCGAGGACUCGGACCCGGAGGCGGAGCUUUUGCUGCAACGUCCCGAGCGGGCCCGGCUGAGCGAGAACACCCGCCUGGCCACCCGCUACGCGGUGCGCAUCUUCCGCGAGUACCUGAGCGAGAAGGCGCAAAGCCCGGACUUCGAGACCAUGGACAAGGGGGCGCUGUGCCGGGUGCUGCGCUCCUUCUAUGCCGAGGCGCGCUCCAAGAGCGGCCAGCUCUACUCCAAGUCGUCGCUCAUCAGCAUCCGCAGCUCCCUCAACCGCUACCUCAACGAGCCUCCUUAUUGCCGCACCCUCGACCUCACCAAGGACCCGGAGCUGCGCGCCGCCAACCUCACGCUGGCCGCCGUCAUCCGCAAGCUGGAGGAGCAAGGCGCCGGCCCCGUCGUGCAGAAGCAGGCCAUCACGCGCGCCGACCUGCGGAAGCUCUACACCUGCAGCGUGUUCAGCACGCAGAGCCCCUUCGGGCUCCUCAACAAGGUCUGGUUCGAGACGUGCAUGUACUUCUGCACGCGGGGCCGGGAGAACCAGCGCGAGCUGGAGGAGGAUUCCUUCGGCCUGGCCAUGGACGAGGACGGGCGCAAGUUCGUCUACUUCAAGGCCCUGGGGCCCUACCACAAGUCGCGCUCCUCGUCGUGGAGCAAAAAGCGCGCCGAGAGCAGCGACGAGGAGAACCUGCCGCGCAUGUACGAGACGGGCACCGAGUUCUGCCCUUAUGCCAGCUUCGUCAAAUACCUGGCCAAGCGCAACCCGCUCUGUAAGGCCUUCUUCCAGCGCCCGCGGGACCACUGCAGCGAGGGCGACGUCACCUGGUACGAGAACAAGGCCAUCGGCAAGAACCUGCUGGGCACCCGCAUGCAGAUGCUCUCCAAGGCCGCCAAGCUCUCCAAGACCUACACCAACCACUGCAUUGGCGCCGUCUCCAUCGCCACCCUCAACAGCAUCGCCGGUAUCGGCACCAAACUGCCCCCAGGCGCCCCCGCCGGAGAAGGCUGCUACGCCCUCAACGGCAGGGCCCGCCCCUCGCCCCUUCCCGCCAACUCCUACGUCCUCCCCAAAGACGGCGACAGCGCGCCUCACGUCAAGGCUGAGACGGCGGCCGCUGUCGUGCCGGCCAAGCGCUCCCUCUAUGAGGUGAUGUACGCAGCUGGGGGCGGGGCCGCGGCUGGGGGAGACGCCUGCGGCCCCUCCUCGUCCCCCAAAAGACUCUGCCUGAGGCCCGCCGAGCCUUUGGACGCCGCCGCCUCUGUGGUGGUGGUCUCAGUGAAACACGACCCUUUGCCUCUCCUCAUCCCUGAAGCCAAUUGCCACAGAAGCACCAACUCUCCCACAAUAAUUUCACCUGCUAUUGUUUCCCCCGCACAGGACAGUCGGCCCAAUAUGUCAAGACCUCUGAUCACUAGAUCCCCUGCGUCUCCUUUGAACAAUCAAGGCAUUCCCACGCCAGCACAGCUAACAAAAUCCAAUGCACCAGUACAUAUUGAUGUGGGUGGGCACAUGUACACCAGCAGCUUGGCUACUCUUACUAAGUACCCUGAUUCAAGAAUUGGACGGCUUUUUGAUGGCACAGAGCCAAUUGUUUUGGACAGCCUAAAGCAGCACUACUUCAUUGACAGAGAUGGCCAAAUGUUUAGAUAUAUUUUGAAUUUUCUUCGAACGUCAAAACUUCUUAUACCUGAUGAUUUCAAGGAUUACAGUUUGUUAUAUGAAGAAGCAAAGUAUUUUCAGCUUCAGCCCAUGCUAGGGGAAAUGGAAAGGUGGAAACAGGAUCGGGAGACAGGCCGAUUUUCAAAGUCCUGUGAGUGCCUGGUUGUGCGAGUUGCUCCAGAUCUCGGAGAAAGGAUAACAAUGAGUGGUGACAAGUCCUUGAUAGAAGAAGUUUUCCCAGAAAUUGGUGAUGUGAUGUGCAAUUCUGUCAAUGCAGGGUGGAAUCAUGAUUCAACACAUGUCAUCAGAUUUCCUUUAAAUGGAUAUUGUCAUCUUAAUUCAGUUCAGGUACUUGAGAGGUUGCAACAAAGAGGGUUUGAAAUCGUUGGCUCAUGUGGAGGAGGGGUGGACUCUUCCCAAUUCAGUGAAUAUGUACUUAGACGAGAACUCAGAAGGACAUCUCGUUCAUCCUCUGUCAUUCGAAUAAAACAAGAGCCUCUGGAUUAAGGAGAUUUUUGUUUUCUUACACAAGAACAAAAAACAGGGACCUUUUCAUGUGCAGUUGGGACACCAAAACAGCCCUGGAAUGAAAAAAUGAAUAAAGACACAUUUAUAUUGAAUAUAGAGACCAUACCUGUAUUCAUAUGGAAGCAUUUGGAAUAGUAAUAAUAACCUCAAGGUGUAAAAUAUGUAUAUCUGAAAAGUUAGAUAAUGCAAAAAGAAAAAACCUAAAAAUGGUAGGUGAGGUUGGUGCUGUGAUGGCCAUUAAGUGUCCUAGGCCUUAGCUAAGCCUAAUUUAACAAUAAACAAGCCAUUGCUGUUGAGGAAGACCACAACUACUUUUCAUUUUCCUUUGCCAGCUGGCAAUCUGGCUCUUCAGUGUAUGCACCUUGACUCAAGUUUGUUUGCAGAUGUUUAUCAUAGAGGUGACUGGGCACAACUUCAAUCCAUCCAUGACAUAACAAAGUUCAUCAAUGGGAAUUUUAAAUGUAGCUUGUACAGAAGUCAUACCCUUCCAUUGGCCUGACAGAUGUGAACAUUUUUCAUGUUGGGGGUUUUUCCCCCAAAAAGGAGCCAGAAUUUAUAACUACUUGGUAGAGUUGCUCUGGUUUGAGUCCAGUGCUUUUGUAAGUUUAUUCAAACUUUAUAAUACAUAAAAUACAAUAAUUUCUGUUAAAAUGUUCUGUUAAGCCAACACUAGCCAAAAAAUAUAAAAUAAAAACUCAGAAUUAGCUUUUAACUUGCUCUGUUAUGCAUUUGAUAUGUUCAGUGGACAAUAGGUGAUGUUGAGUUCUGUGUGCAACAAAAAUAUGAAGGCAUAAGAAAGUGAGUUACAGAAAAAUGAUGUGCUUUAUUUUUAGUAUGUCAUAGAAACAGUUCUGAUGCACCUUAUACUUUCUUUCCAUCAGUGAUUUUUCCAGCCUUGUUUAAUAAUUUGACAAGUGGUCAUUUUAGAGGAGCUUUUCAGUUCUGUACAAUAUUUUAUAAGUGAUUAAAUUGAAAUCUAUACAACUAA